UCAUCGGCCUUGUUACCGCCGUGGGGCGAGCACAGGAGACUUUGGCAAACCUCGCUCAAAAUCCCUUAUUCUUCUUUCAGGCUUCCCCUCGGAGUGGGCUCAAAAUGGCAGACGCUCAGAUGGAAGGACCCAAGCGGAGAAUCCUGCUCGUGGGCAAAACUGGAAGUGGGAAGAGUGCGACAGGGAACACCAUCCUUGGUAGGCAAGCAUUUGAAUCUACAGUGUCACCAGAUUCAGUAACUAAGGACUACAGUAAAGAGAAAACCUUAUUCCGUGGAAGACCAAUUGUCGUUAUCGACACUCCUGGCCUUUUUGACACCAAGAAAGCCAAUGAAGAAACAGCUCAAAAGAUUAGAGAUGCUGUUCAUCACCUCUAUGGAGGGGUGCAUGCUAUCGUCCUGGUGAUGCAACUGGGCCAUAUCAGUAAAGAAGAGGAGGAAGUGGCUGAGUGGGUGACAAAGAUUUUCCAUACUGAAGCACAGAAGUACACAAUCCUGUUAUUCACCCGAGCAGAAGAUCUGGAGAAGCCAGAUGAUAUCCACAAUUUCGUGGAAACAAACGAAUACCUCAGGGGGCUGGCAGGAAAAUGUGAAAAUAGGUACAUUGCUUUCAGCAACAAAGCAAAAGGAAAGACAAGGGAACAGCAGGUUUCAGACCUCAUUGAAAUGAUUGAUGAGAUGGUAAAGAAGAACAAAGAUGCUCCGUGUUACACGCGAAAAAUGCUGGAAAAAGAUACAGAGACGGCUUUUAAAAAGUAUUGUACUAUACUCUAGUCAACAAGGGUUUGGUCAGACGGGCAAUGUUUCCUCUGUUGUGCCUUUCCUGCCGUGCUCUGAAGAUCACUCUCUCCUUCGUUUCUUGACGUUUCCUCCUGUCCCGUCAGCGACCUACAUUUUCCCCUGGCCCAUGCGAUUGCUCUCCUGACAGGCUCCAAGAGUGCAAUGGGUGUCUGACGACGUGUAAUUCUCCUCUGCUGCUCUGUCUCUACAUUGCUCUGUCACCACCCGUUGUGCUGGGAAGCCGGAGACCUUGGCUGGGUGGCAGAGAGCUGCACUGCCCUGCUUUCAGCACCACCGCGCUGACUCUCUCCUCCCUGGUGUGAAGACACGGCAAGCUGAAAGGAACGGGAACAUCAGGACUGUGAGAUGUGCCCCCUCACAGCAGAGUUCAGCCUGGAGCGGUGCUUCUGAGAUCAAAGCCACUUGUCCUCCCUGUGGCAGCCGGGGCUCUAGGAACUUCUCUGGGGUUUGGGAGGGUUCGUGGUGCCAGUGUUGGUCCCUCUGCGGUGGGAUGCUGCUGGUGUCACUGGCUGCGCUGCCCCUGCCUUCACUGGGGAAUGCGAGUAAUUGUAUGUGAUCGCGGGGUCUACAGAAGCUCAUCUAAUAAAUGCUAAUAAAUGCUGA